AUGGAUCGAAAGUGGAUGUUUACCAACCGUUUGUCGAACGAAUAUGAGAAUGGAGUGAAAGAGUUUAUCGCAUUUGCAGUUGAGCAUGCUACGGACUGCAAUAGUAUAAUAUGCCCGUGUUUAGAUUGUUGUCAUUCAAGGCGAGUUAAUGUAGUUGAGUUGGAAGAGCAUUUACUACGAUUUGGAAUUGAUGAAAGUUAUACCUGCUGGACAAAGCAUGGGGAGAGAAGACAUGAAUCUAGUAAUUUGGAGGCUAACGUGAGUCAUACUCUCAAUGUUGAUGCCGAGACAAAUGCAUAUGAGGGCGAUCGUGUUGAAGAGAUCGUGAACAGGGUUGAAGAAGAUUUCAGAGAGUGUCCACAGAUGUUUGAUAGGUUGAAAACUAAUGCAGAGACGCCAUUAUAUGAUGGAUGCGUUAAAUUCACAAGAUUGUCAGCAGUGUUACAACUGUAUAGCUUGAAAGCCGGCAACGAAUGGACUGACAAGAGCUUCACGAAGUUACUAACUCUCUUGAAAGAUAUGCUUCCAGAGGAUAACGUGCUUCCUAACCGAUUAUAUGAGGCUAAAAAAAUGCUUUGUUCAAUUGGAUUGAGCUAUGAGAGAAUACAUGCUUGUCCAAAAGAUUGCAUCUUGUUUCGAAAUGAAUAUGCAACGUUAAAGACGUGCCCUCGAUGUACAGCCCCCCGGUAUAAGAAAAAUGAAUCAUCUCCAGCAAAGGUGGCAUGGUAUUUUCCCAUAAUACCGAGGUUUAGGCGCAUGUACAAUAGCGCAGAAGAUGCAAAGAACCUGAGAUGGCAUGCAGAAGGAAGAAUUGAUGAUGGAAAGCUUCGACACCCAGCAGAUUCACCUCAAUGGAGAAUCAUUGAUGAUGAUGAGUCUCUUUUUGGGGAAGAAGUAAGGAACCUACGCCUUGCACUAUCAACUGAUGGAAUUAACCCACAUAGCAAUCAAAGUAGCACCCACAGUACAUGGCCAGUGAUGUUGAUGAUUUAUAAUCUACCUCCAUGGCUAUGCAUGAAGCGCAAGUAUAUGAUGUUGACUAUGUUAAUCUCUGGGCCCAAACAACCGGGGAAUGAUUUAGACGUGUACUUGACUCCUCUAAUUGAGGACUUGAAACAACUAUGGGAGGUCGGUGUGGAGGUGUAUGACAGGUUUAAGGAAGAAAAAUUCACACUAAGAGCUGUGUUGUUUGGUACUAUUAAUGAUUUUCCAGCUUAUGGUAAUUUGUCAGGAUACACUGUUAAAGGACAAUGUGCAUGCCCUAUAUGUGAAGAUGGUACAGAUUCAAUCUGGUUGGAACAUGGUAAGAAGACUGUUUAUCUCGCUCACCGUAGAUUUUUGCAUCUUAAUCAUCAGUAUCGGACAUGGACGAAAGCUUUCAAUGGGAACUCAGAAGAACGAAUAGCUCCUGUGCCAUUGGAUGGUGAUGGUCUAUUUGAAAAAGUGAAAUACUUGGACUGUAAAUUUGGUAAGGAUUUCGCUAAAGAACUUCCCUCACUGGGUUGGAAGAAAAAAUCAAUUUUCUUUGAAUUGCCAUAUUGGAAAUCAUUACACGUACGACAUUUUCUUGAUGUCAUGCACAUUGAGAAGAAUGUAUGUGAUAGUGUAAUUGUUACAUUAUUGCAUGUUCCGGGAAAGACUAAAGAUAGCAUCAAUGCGAGGCUAGACUUGCUUAAGAUGGGUAUACGAACUGAACUAGAACCGGUGCAAAAGGGAAAACGUACAUAUCUCCCUCCAGCUGCUCACACUUUAUCCAGAAAUGAGAAAAUUGUUUUUUGUGAUUUUCUUAAUGUGUGA